AUGGUUAACUUCUCCCCCUGCGCUGCCUCGUCUUCCUCCAUCACCAACAGUCACCACCACCACCAGAACAACAACAACCCGCCCAUCGAGUCUCCGGCCAUCUCGUCUUCUUUGGCACUCGCAGCUCGUUCACUUUUCUCUUUAUCGUCGGCUUCAGUCAUGGGUCUCGCCUCGAAAAUGGCUGCUGCCAACCAGGGCGCGCCCUCCUCCUAUCCCGGCGGCCCCCCUCCUCCAGGCGGCGGCGGCGGCCCAGCAUACCCCGGACAGCAACAGUACCAGGCCUACCCCGGCCCUGGCGGCCCUGGCGGCCCUCCGCCACCCCAACUCCUGCUCCUCCUCUUCCUGCUUUCUUCAGGCAACAUUGCAUUAAAGAACCUCUGUCCGCCGUUAUUUCACCCGCUAUCUGCACCUGUUCUCUGUUGUCGUUGUCGUUUUGUGCUUCUUUUGGUUCCUGUUCCACUGUUUGCUUGUGACGUCAUAACUAUGGCUUGUUUCUCGGACCAAGUAACAAAUCUCUAUAACUAUGCUUUUGAUCGCGAGCCAAUUGCAAAAGAAAAGGCCUUUGCUGGCCUGGCUCAUGACCAUAGCAAUCAAUCCGAACUCCCAUAA